CACACACACAGGCAGGAGUGUAUAACAGUGCCUGCGCUCAGCUGAUGCAUUCGGUCUGCUUCCAGCCUCUGCAUUUCAUUCAGAGUGGCGUGGAUCACAAAGUUCUUCUUGGUGUCCGUCUUCCCCCCCCCUGGUGUGACCACCAAGGAGGAGGAUAAAUGGGGACUUUAGGGACAGCAUCAGGAUAAGGAUGGUUCUGGAAAGACUCAGCAUCACUCUUCUCGUCAUCGCUCCAUUGUAGGCUGGACUAUUGUUUUGGCAGGAACAUGUCACAAACGAGGAGGAGUGCAUUCAGCCGGACCGCCAGCAGCGUCAGGAUGAGCUCGGACGGCAGCGGCGGCGGCCGGCCAGCCAAGGUGGGCUCCCUGGUGGAGGUGAUCGGCAAGGGGCAGCGCGGCACGGUGGCCUACAUCGGCACCACGCUUUUCGCCUCGGGCAAAUGGGUCGGCGUCAUCCUGGACGAGGCCAAAGGCAAGAACGACGGCACCGUGCAGGGCAAGCGCUAUUUCACCUGCGAGGAGAAUCACGGCAUAUUCGUCAGACAGUCGCAGAUCCAGCUGGUUGAUGAUGGCGCCGACACCACGUCCCCAGAGACCCCCGAGUCCAGCACCACAAAGGUUCCCAAACGAGACAUGCUGGAGACGUCCAAGUCAACCAAACUGCGAGGAGUCAAGCCCAAAAAGACUCCAGCACCUCGCAAGACCACGGCCAGAAGGCCCAAGCAGACCAGCCGCCCCCCCGGGUCCACGACCAAGGGACAGACAUCCGGCUCGGCCUCUGCAUCGGCUGGGGAGAUGAGCAGCAGCGAGCCCAGCACGCCCGCCCAAACCCCUCUAGCCGCCCCGGUCAUCCCCACACUCCACUCUCCUGGGAACCCUCCCCCCCUGCAUCCCGUCCCCAGCAAGGAGGAGGAAGCGCUGCGGGCUCAGGUGAAGGACCUGGAGGAGAAGCUGGAGACCCUGAAGAUGAAGCGCACGGAGGACAAGGCCAAGCUGAAGGAGCUGGAGAAGCACAAGAUCCAGCUGGAACAGCUGCAGGAGUGGAGGACCAAGAUGCAGGAGCAGCAGGCCGAGCUGCAGAAGCAACUCAAGGAGGCCAAAAGGGAAGCCAAAGAAGCCCUGGAGGCCAAGGAGCGCUACAUGGAGGAGAUGUCUGACACCGCCGACGCCAUCGAGAUGGCCACGCUGGACAAGGAGAUGGCUGAGGAGCGCGCAGAGUCUCUGCAGCUGGAGGUGGACUCCAUGAAGGAGAAGGUGGAGGAGCUCACCAUGGACCUGGAGAUCCUCAAACACGAGAUUGAAGAGAAAGGCUCUGAUGGCGCUGCGUCCAGCUACCAUGUCAAGCAGCUGGAGGAGCAGAACAGCAGACUGAAGGAAGCCCUGGUCAGGAUGCGUGAUCUAUCGGCAUCUGAGAAGCAGGAGCAUGUGAAGUUGCAGAAGCAGAUGGAGAAGAAGAACGUGGAGCUGGAUGCUCUGAGGGGCCAGAAGGAGAAGCUGCAGGAAGAAAUGUCCGUGUCAGAAAAGACCAUUGAUGAGCUGAAAGAGCAGGUGGAUGCCGCUUUGGGGGCUGAGGAGAUGGUGGAGACCCUGACUGAGAGAAACCUGGAUCUGGAGGAGAAGGUCAGGGAGCUGAGGGAGACCGUCACAGACCUGGAGGCCAUCAAUGAGAUGAACGACGAGCUGCAGGAGAACGCCCGGGAGACGGAGCUGGAGCUGAGGGAGAUGCUGGAUCUGGGCGGGGCCCGCGUGCGAGAGGCUGAGAAGCGUGUGGAAGCCGCGCAGGAGACGGUCGCUGACUACCAGCAGACCAUCAAGAAGUACCGCGAGCUCACGGCUCACCUGCAGGAAGUGAACCGAGAGCUCACCAGCCAGCAGGAAGCCUCCGCGGAGCUCCAACAGCAGCCGCCCGCAGAGAUGUUUGACUUUAAAAUCAAGUUUGCCGAAACCAAGGCCUACGCUAAGGCCAUCGAGAUGGAGCUGAGGAAGAUGGAGGUCAGUCAGGCCAACCGACACGUGUCCCUCCUGACCACCUUCAUGCCGGAGUCCUUCCUCCGUCAUGGCGGAGACCACGACUGCAUCUUGGUGCUGCUGCUCAUCCCCCGACUCGUCUGCAAGGCGGAGCUAGUCAGCAAGCAAGCUCAGGAGAAGUUUGACCUCAACGAGAAUUGCGUGGAAAGAACUGGACUCAGGGGGUCCCUGGGGGAGCAGCUGAGCUUCGCCGGCGGUCUGGUUUACUCCCUCAGUCUACUGCAGGCCACGCUCCACAAAUAUGAACAAGCCCUGUCCCAGUGCGGCGUGGAGGUCUACAAGAAGAUCGGCUCUCUGUACCCUGAGAUGAGCGUCCACGAGCGGUCCCUGGACUUUCUCAUAGACCUGCUGCACAAAGACCAGCUGGAUGAGACGGUCAACGUGGAGCCGCUGACCAAGGCCAUCAAGUACUAUCAGCACCUGUACAGCAUCCACCUGGCGGAGGAGAGCGAAGACUGCACCAUGCAGCUGGCAGACCACAUCAGAUUCACUCAGAGCGCGUUGGACUGCAUGGCGGUGGAGGUGGGGCGUCUGAGGGCCUUCCUCCACGCGGGCCAGGAGAAGGCCGACCUGGCCGUGCUGCUCAAGGACCUGGAGACGUCCUGCAGCGACGUACGGCAGUUCUGCAAAAAGAUACGCCGCCGCAUGCCGGGCACCGACGCCCCGGGAAUCCCGACGGCGCUCAGCUUCGGCCCGCAGGUGUCGGACAUCCUGUCAGACUGCCGCAAGCACCUGACAUGGGUGGUGGCCGUGCUGCAGGAGGUGGCCGCCGCCGGGGCCCAGAUGAUGUCACCGCUGGGGGAGCAGGAGGGGCUGGCGGCCGUCAAAUUGGAGGACGUGGCGUUCAAGGCUGGUGAACAGAUUUACGGAAGCCCGGGCGCCAACCCGUACGAGUGCUUGCGUCAGUCCUGCUGCAUCGUCAUCGCCACAAUGAACAAGAUGGCCACCGCCAUGCAGGAGGGAGAGUACGACUCCGAGAGGCCUCAGACCAAGGACCCGCCCCCUGUGGACGUGCGAGCCGCCGUCCUGCGAGCAGAGAUCACGGAUGCAGAAGGUCUGGGCAUGAAACUGGAGGACAGAGAGACGGUCAUCAAGGAGCUGAAGAAGUCGUUGAAGAUUAAGGGCGAAGAACUGAGCGAGGCCAACGUCCGCCUCAGUCUGCUGGAGAAGAAGUUGGACAGUUCCUCCAGAGAUGCCGACGAGCGCGUGGAGAAGAUUCAAACCCGACUGGACGAGGCUCAGAACCUCCUCAAGAAGAAAGAGAAGGACUUUGAGGAGACGAUGGACGCCCUCCAGGCCGACAUCGACCAGCUGGAGGCAGAGAAGGCGGAGCUUAAGCAGCGCGUCAGCGGACAAUCCAAGGCGGCCGGCGACGGUGUUCGAGGCCCGUCGGGAAUAGCGUCUGUUGUCUCAGGAGCAGCAGGAGCGGGCUUGAUGUCGGGUGGCGUGGCGUCAGGCGUGGGGGUACAGGUGGUGGACUCGCCACUGCUGACUCGUCAGAUUGAAGCUCAGAGACUUUGCAUCAAGCAGCUGAAGAAUGAAAACAACUGGCUGAAGGCUGAGAAGAUGCGCAGCCAACUGGCGGCGCUGCCCCCACUCCAUGUUACCAAGCUGCCCUCCAGGGACGGCGGGGGUCAUCCGCCCGCGGUGGCGCUCUCUGGCGCCCUCUACAGGAAGACGGACCAGCUGCUGGAGACGUUACUGCAAAUGAGCGCCAACGUCAAGGUGGUGGACAUCACAGGGAAAUGUCCCGUGACCCCCAGCGCUCAGCUUCUGGAGCAGACGGCUCGCUUACAGUCUCUACGAGAUACGCUGGACAGACUCAAGGGUGAAGUCGCUGAACACGUCAUCAAACAGCAACCUGGCGCUCGAGUGUCGUCCGACUUUGCCACAUUCCCUUCUACCUGCUUCAUCAAGGCCACGGAGGAGAAGCAAGGCAAGGAGGUUCUGGUGGGGCGCGUGAUGGUACCGUGUCCUCGUGGUCAGGAGCAGGUCCACCACCUGGUCCUGACGCAGCGUCAGCUCCAGAACGUCCAUAGCCUGCUGAGGAGCUGAGCAUCGGUCCGUCGCCAUCCGAGCCCGCCGCUUUCACGCCCCGACGCUUACCCGGGAGCUUGCAUCAUCGCGAGGUCGGCUCCUGAGGUAGCUUCUCAAUGCUGCAUGUGAAUUCCGGUCCAUGAGCGUUUGUUAGCCUUGUGUAGCAUGUUAGCGUACCGUCCGUCCUCUGUAAUGUUUACAUUGAUUAGAGGCUACUUUUGCACAUCAAAGCGACAUAACGACUCUGCAAAGUCACCUUUAACCUUCUUUAGUUUGCCGCCAACUAUUUAAUUGAUGUGGAUUUAUUUAUUUUGCACUUGUACGCAACUUUUAGACACUGAGCUGCCUUUUGAAGUUCUGGUUUUAUUUAUUCUUCUUGACCGAGGCCUGUACGGACGGAGCAGGAUGUCUCCUUAUCCACAAGAAAUUUGAGAAACUCCGGAUAGGCAGAACUACAAAGCUGGUUAUGUCACAUGGAGAUCAGACCAUGUAUUGACCAAUACAAGAUCAGAGCCUACAAAAGACCCACCCACUGAUCAAUAAGUGGUCUCUGAAAAAGAUAAGAGUGAAGGAUUGGGGUAGACCUAUUUUAUCCAAAUGCGCUCGGACUUGACUUGACUGAUGACGUAAUCCAGCUUCAUAGUACUGCUUAUCCCACACCUUCAGUGUUGGUAAAGUCAGAAAAGAAAGAAAAGAUGUUGAAUAUGUUAAAAUGCGCUUCAUCGUACAGUCCUUUCAUGUGAACUUAACGGGCAAUAAAGUGUGUCAAACGCU